AUGGCUCGUACCAAACAAACCGCUCGUAAAUCUACCGGAGGCAAGGCCCCGCGCAAGCAACUCGCCACUAAAGCCGCUCGCAAGUCUGCUCCCGCCACCGGUGGAGUGAAGAAGCCUCACCGUUAUCGUCCUGGUACGGUCGCUCUGCGUGAGAUCCGUCGCUACCAGAAGUCGACGGAGUUGUUGAUCCGCAAGCUGCCUUUCCAGCGUUUAGUGCGUGAAAUUGCCCAGGACUUCAAGACAGAUCUACGCUUCCAGGGAUCUGCCGUGCUUGCUUUGCAAGAGGCUGCCGAGGCUUACCUUGUGGGAUUGUUCGAAGACACCAACUUGUGCGCCAUCCACGCCAAACGUGUAACUAUCAUGCCUAAGGACAUUCAGCUAGCUCGUCGCAUUCGUGGUGAACGCUCGUAG